AUGUGUAUCCCUAGUGUGAUCCUUGUCGGAAUCGAAAAAUGUGACGGUCGCCGACCCUGCACAACGUGCGCGCAAAUCGGAACGGAUUGUGUUUAUGGAUCCGAGACCAUCAAUAAGAGCAAAAGCGACAUGAUUCUAGAUGUUGCCAUUCGGUCCGAAAAUUUAUUGCAGGAAUUAUUCACACAACUGGCUGCCCGCCGCAGUCCAAGUCAAAAUCCCUCUGCGAUAUCGCCUAAUACGGUAAUUUCACCAAGCGCGGUAAGCAACGCUCAUCGUGGCGAAGGUCGUUCUGACCAAAUCGCCAACGCCACACUAUCACCGUUCCAUGCAUCAACCACCGAGUCAAUCCUAUCAUGGCCCCAAUUUGCGGAAUUCGGAAACUUGAUCAGAGAGCGUGGCUUUUCGGUUUUCAGCCUUGAGAGUCUGCGUACACCACUUGCUCAUCGUCAAUGUAUGGUACAGCCUUAUGUCACCAGGCAAGAAGUGGAGAGCACGAUCCGAAGCUUUGAGCGUGGUAUCAACUUUUGGUAUCCGACCAUGGCCCGGGCCACGACGCAGGAGUUGCAAGCACAUAUCAUAGCGGGUACAUUUGAAGAGACUACACGGUCAUGUCUGUCACUUUUAAUCAUGGCUUUGGGCUACGCCUGCCAACUAGUCGGGUGCUUCGCGCACCGGGAAUUAUCUAAUGCAAGCGAAGCAGAUAGCCAGAGACAGCGGCGGCUAAUGGCUGAGUUAUACUUCGAUAGCGCUUUCAAAAAAAUUUAUUUAGCCCAGGCGGGGUUCACGGCCGAUGCAGUACAAUGCUUAUUCUUUACUGGGCUGUACUUUUCAUUUUUGCAACGGCCACUUCAAGCCUGGUCAUUUAUAAAUGCAGCUGCAACUAAAUGUCGGCUUCUUCUGUCUUAUGAGGUCCCAGAGCAGACCCGUGAACAGCUGGAAUGCCUUCGUCGAAUAUUUUGGUCCUGCUAUAUUCUAGAGAGUGACUUUCUUGCCGAACUUGCCGGUCUUCCUCAAACAGGGAUUGCAGAAAUAGAGUCCUCCAUACCUUUACCGGGCGAUUACUGUACGCAGGACUCCGAAAGCGACCAAGAACAAUCGUCACUCUAUUUCCUCGCUUGUAUAUCCAUGCGACGACUCCUCAACCGAGUUCACGAUCUUCUCUACGCUCGCGACGUUGGUGUUGGUUUUGACAAUCACCAGUUUCCGUCUGUUGUCUCAGAGCUGGCUUAUCAAUUAGACGAGUGGAAAGACCUUUUACCAUUUUCGUUUCAGUUUUCAAUCAAUUUGGAUCCCACGCGAACGGAAGAAGGCGCGUUUCUUCGCCAGCGAUAUUUGACUUGCAAGAGCGUCAUCUAUCGCCCCUAUCUUACCUGGGCCCUGUCUAAUGGCGAUGCCGUGGAAAGGUGUCCUCCAAUUGUCUAUGAGGGGUCCAAGCUUUGCCUUGAGGCCUGCUGGAUGCACGCGCAGAAUUUACGCAGCUUACCCCAUACCAUCAUGGUCGAUACGUGGAUUUGCUCUCUUUCCAUGGCGUCGGUUAUACUCAUCACAUUAGCCGCGUCUCGUGUCCGCGCCUUACGACGACUCAUGUCACCGAGUGUCCUGGAUAUUGGACCGCAUCUCAACGACCUUUUGACUCAAUGGACGCGUAUUCCCGGUGGUGGAACCUCGCCCAGUGUCAUGGAGAGUAUUGGCUUAAUCGCAAAUGUGUCCACUUUGUUGAAGAUAACCUGGAACGAGCAUGGUCUCAGUGAGUAG